AUGUCCAUCUUGGGCUAUGUGCCUGCUUUGGUUGUAUAACAUCUGUUGAAUCUUAAAAUGAAUAAAUUAAUACGAAAAUUACCAGAGAAAUAAAGAAUAAGGAGUGUUGUGAUGUUUGCAGAUAUAUCCGGAUUUACAAGAUUAACAGAAUUAUUAAGUUAAUUGGGAACAGAAGGGGCAGAACGAAUAGCAUUUGCAAUUAAUCGCUACAUGGAGUUAUUGGUUUAAGGCAUAGGAAGAAGUGGUGGUGAUAUUUUCAAAUUCGCUGGAGGUAUAUUAGUUUUAAAUAUUCCUAAGAUGCUAUGAUUGUUAUCUGGCCUCCCCCUCCUAAUGAUCAAAACUUUCAGUAAAAUCUAGAAACUUUGCUCAAAUAGGCCAUCUAGUCUGCGUUGUUAAUCCAAGAAAAACUAACCAAAGCAUAGAUAGAACAGGGCAUUUAAUUAAGUGUGAAGAUUGGAUUUGGAGUGGGUGAAAUGAACAUAAUCCAUGUGGGAGGAGUUUUCAAUAGAAUGGAGUAUUUGGCAACUGGAGACCCUUUGAUUUAGGCCUUUCAUUCCGAGCACUGUUUAACCGAGGGUGGGAAGAUUAUCAUAUCCUAAUAGAUUUACGACAUGAUAAACAACUUCUUCGAAUGCUAGAAAGUAGCAGAUCAUGAAGGACACUAUGAAGUCAUUAAAUUAUAAUAAGCCAAAGUGAAAAUGAAGGCAGAUGCACUUUUAAUCAAAAAUAACAUUACCUUGUCGCAGUUUCAGAUGAUUAGAAAUGAGAUUCAAUCGUACAUUCCUGCUGCUCUUUUGCCUUACAUUGACAUAAAUGAGGAAGCUUGGAGUGCUGAAUUGAGGAGAUUGUCUAUUAUGUUUGUAAACUUAAAAAUGGAUUUGAACUCUGCCAAAAAUGCUUAGGGAUUGGAAUAAAUUUAAAGAGUCAUUAAAACUGUAUAAAAAUGUAUUUAUAUGCAUGAAGGAUCACUGAAUAAGCUUUUGAUGGAUGAUAAGGGUUCAACUUUAAUUGUUGUUUUUGGUCUUCCUCCUCUCAGCCAUUAGAAUGAUCCUGUAAGAGCUAUAUUAACAGCUUAAUUAAUGAAUAAGGAACUUCCAAAAAUUAAUUGCGGAUGCUCUAUUGGAAUAGUUACAGGCACUGUUUUUGCAGGAGUAGUUGGUACAAGUGGUUCACGAAGAGAAUACUCUGUUCUUGGUGAUUCUGUUAAUCUUGCAGCUAGAUUGAUGUAAGCAGCGUGUUCAGAGACUACUCACAAAAUACUUAUAUGUAUGGAAACUGCUAAAAGUGCUGGUCAUUGUAUUAGUACAGCCUUUCUGAGAUAAACUUAAGUGAAAGGCAAAAAUGCACCCGUCCAUAUUUAUGUUCCUUUGGAUAAACCUCUGGAACCAACUCCGGGUAAUUUAUUUCCCAAUUUCAAAACUCAUAAUUAUGCGUAUGGAUUUGCAAAGAAAUCAGAUUUUAUAGCCAUUCAAUUAUUUGGAAGGGAAGAGUAACAUAAAAAACUGUUAAAUCAAAUUGACAAGGUGAUUAAAGGAGUGGAUAAGAAAAGCUUGAUUAUUCUAAAAGGAACAUAUGGAUGUGGAAAGAGUAGUUUGGCUAAGAAAGUGUUAUAUAGAAUAUAGGAGAAGAUUAAUUCUAAUUAGUAUAGUCCGUGGAAAUAUGGCGAGUAUCCUCACAUCCUUGUUUAACAAUUGGAUCCUAUAACGAGAACAUUCAAAUUGAAUGGAUUACGAAGUAUUUUAAAGUAGAUCUUCCUUUUAUAUGCUAAAAGAGUAGAGAGACCACCAAACAUGGAACUAUUCAAUAUGAUGGUGGAUGUAAAUAUUCAUCCAUAAAACUUGGUAUAAAUGCUACAAGAGAUUGUUGGUUUGAAUGACAAUAGACAUUUGGAGAAGUUUCCUCAAAGAUAACAGGAGGAGGAAAAAGAAGUUGAUGUUAAAAGAAUAAUAUUUCAAUUUCUAAGCAACUUCUUUGAAUAGAUCCCUAGCAAAAUGUCUGAAUUGUAUGAAGGAAGAGCUCCUGAUCAAAUUGGAUGGGAUGUUAUGAAAACAUCUGUUCAAAGAUAGAUUAAUUAUUCUAUCAAAUACACGAAUAUAAUUGCCCCUGUUGUUCUAUGUUUGGAUGAUAUUUAGAACUAUGAUUAGGUAUCCUUUAAAAUCUUAAAGCAAAUGAUAAAGACAUAUGAUAGACUUACAAUUUUAGCAUUGUAUCGAGAUUCAUUUUAAGAGAUGAUCAUUUAACCAAAGGUUGCAGAGAAGAGGAAGUCCCAGGAAGACAUUGCAAUUGAAGGUAUCACAGCUUUAGAAGACCGAAUGGAUGGAAAUCCCUUUAUAUUGAUGCAAUUAAGAGGAGUGGAAAGGAAAGGAGGAGUAGAUGAUGAAUUUGCUAAGAUGAUCAGAUUUUCAUUCAAUAUCUAAAAGUUUAUGCCUGAACAAGAGUAUCAUUAAAAUAUAUCCGAAAGUGGGAUCAGAAAAAGAAUUAGUUCUUCAAUUCAUGAUGUAAUUUUAUAAGAGAAUCAAUCUAAAGAAAUUAAUAAUUAAUUUCUAUUCUCAGAGAACAAGUAGAUACUCAUUAAAACCGAUGUGGAAUUACUUUUUAUGCAAUGGAUUUACAUGAAAACUAGUGGUAAUCCAUUAAUGGUUUUGAACUUUGUCUAAAACCUAAUUGAUCUAGAUUUAAUUAGACUGAGUCCAAAAUAUGCAACCAUCACAAAUGAAUUAGUUAAUUUAAUUACUUAUGAAGAGAGUAUUAUUGUAGAUGCACCCUAUUGUAGAAUUGAAGUGAAUGGACCUAUCAUAGAUAAAUUAUCAUGUUUAGAAUAACUAUUACUGAAAUCAGCAAGUGUCAUUGGAGAUAUUUUUGAUAUUCAAUUGUUAAAUAAGAUUUAUCCAUUUAAGAAUGCAGUCAACAAUAAAUUGCAGAAGUAUUUGGAUGAGUUAGAGUCUAAGGAAGUUAUUGAAGUAAUGGAGGUUAGAGAGCAAAAUAUCUUCUAUCGUUUUACAUGCCCCUUCAUGAGGGAUUGUCUCUAUUAGAGGAUUACAUUUAAAUAAAGAAGAUAAUUGCAUAAGGCAGUGGCUGAGGCCAUAUAACAAUUGCCAUUGCCUUUUGAAACUGAAGAAUUAAUGGAAUGCAAAAAAUUAUAAUUCCAAUGGUUGAUGGCGGAAUCCAAUGUUAGUUAAUAAAUCAACUUUGAUAAUAAUGAUGAUAACAAAUCCAACUCAAAACCUAAUUUUCUGAUCAACCUUAUUUAUCCAAAGUGUUCCUAGGAUACUCAAAAGUUUAAGAAUAUGUCAAGUAAGGCACUAAAAUCAAUUAUAUUGAAAUAAAUUGGGAAUAAAUUUAAUAAAUCGUAGAAUCAAACUAAUAUUAUUUUGAGAGAAGGAGUCUUGAUCAAGAAGUCUUAAAAUAGAGUUUCAUAGGUGUCUCGAUAUGUGAUUCUGGAUGGGAAAGAACUUCGCUUGUAUUCAAGCAGAUAGGACUCACAUAAUAGUGAAUUGCCCUUAUGUUCGAUUCCAUUGAAAAGCAUAUAUUCAGUAUUGGCCUUGGAAAACGAAAAGAACUUUACUUUGCAAAUAUGUUCAACAUAUUGGUAUAAGAAGUUGAAGGAGAUGGGCGAUCGCAAGUUUUUGUUUGACGCGAAGGAUAAUGAAGAUUUGUAAUUGUGGACUAUUUAUUUGGAGUUUGCCAAAGCGCUUGCUAUUUAUGAGGAUUUCACGAAUAAUUAUGGUAAAAUUUGUUUCCCUCUAUCUAAUCAAUAUGAAUAUUAUGAUUCACAAUUCAAAUACGACAUCAAAAUCGAAGUAUUUAUAAUAAUAGUAUAAACAAGAAUAAUAAAUCCAUAAGGGGAAUCUAAAUUGAAAAAACUCAGAAAAACAAUAAAGAAUCGAUCAUAUAUAGAAAUAGCAGAAACUCCAAUAGACAGUCGAAAUUUACGGUUUCAAGUAAGCAAUUUAAGUUUAUGGAAAAGAAUUAGACUGAUGAAUUAUAAAUUUAGAAUUCUUAGGUAGUUGAUAUGCAAUUAUUAAAAGAGAGAGUCAAUUUAUUUUUACAAAAGAGGUAAAUGGAAAUGUAUUAUUAUUUAGUAUUUUGCUUUUAUUUUCUCAUUUAUUCGAGCAAUCAAUUCAGAAGGCAGAUGAUUUCAAAAUUUUGGGGAAUACUAGCAUAGCAAUGAGAAAGUUAAAUAAUGUAUUCAAAAUAGACAAGACUUUGAUAAAUGAACAGAAUAAGAAAUCGAGUGCAUUUUUACAGCAACAAUAAAUAAUUAUUGAGGACAAGCAAGAAUUAAAGUAGUAGGAUAGUUAAGAAACGAAACAAUAGGAUAAUUGGGAAUUAGUAAUUCAGAAGGUGGAAAUGGACAAUGAUUUAACUAAUAAUCAAAUUAAGAACUUUAUGUUAGAGGAGAAGAUAGAGAGAACAGAUAUGAUUUUCGAACUCGAGAGAAAGAACUCCUAAGAGAAGUUGUAGGACUAUGAAAAUAAUGAUUUCAUACCAAAAAUAGAUUAACAACUUAAAUCAAUCAAGGACAUUAAACCAAAUAUGGAAGAGGAAGAUAUUUACAACUUCUAAUUGGACGGUAUUUCAUAUCCUAAUAAUUAAUAGAGAGCGCAAUGAGAAAACAAUAGCAUUUAAGAAUUCAAAGAUUGUAAAAUUUUAAAUGCUCUUUUGGGAAUGAUUCAUUCUAAAAAAUGCAUUCUGAAAGUGUGUUGAGAUCUUCUCCUUUGAUGAAAUAGGAGGAUACCUUGACAGAAGUGUUGGCCACUCAAUCCCAAACUGAGAAUUCAAAGAGAGAAUCUACUGAUAUUUAUUAAUCUUCAUAAUAACCUCCUCAAUUGUUAACUAAGAUAUCCGAGAAAGAAUCAAUCACAGAUGUUUCAUGCUAAGUAAGUAGACAUUUAUCUACUUGUUAAGUGGAUAAAUUAAUUCCAGUGAGUAAUAAUCAAAGAUCCAGAUAAACCAGUAAUAUCAACAAUUAACAAAAUAAAUCACCAGCUCAGACUCAAAAGUCAUUGACACCAACCAAUAAGUCAUAAAAGAAUGCGUAAUUUAAUUUAUUCGAUGACUGUAAAUCUAAGGCAAAAAGAGAUUCAUAAAUAUCCUCUUAAAUGAAUUCUGCUCGAAAUAAGCCUGCUCAUUUAUAAACAAAUUAUAUCAAUUCUCAGAAAAUUCUGCCCAAAGAAAUCAAAUCAAACCCUUUUGUUUAUGGCACAGCUAUAAAUAAUUGUAAGCCAAUAACAGGUGACAAUUUUAUGCUGAAGCCUGGCUACAAGGUGAUAGUCUAAAGGGUCGACAAGAAGACGUAAUUGAUAGAGUGUUCAUAUGAGAAUUUGAUUGGAAUUUUUAGACUGAGAGACAUUGCCGUCAUCGAAGGUAUUUAUAAUUAAUAUAUUGGAUAAAGAUCCUGCAAUCGAGUAGAAAAUAGAAAUUACUUAGCCAAAACAACCCAGCAAAAGUCCAUUAAAAAAAUAAGCACUUACUACAAGACCUAAAAUGUUGCUCACUCCUACUAAAUAAAAUUGA